GGCAGUAAUAAGUGAAGAAGCAUUGAGUAAACGUCAGUCUGAUUUGCCGAAAUUUCUUUUUUAUAAAUUGGUUAAAUUAAAAAGGACGUAAAACUUUGUAUUUAAAGCACUUCAUACAAAUUUAAAAAGUGUUUUCUUUUAAUUUUAAGAAAUCAUAAGUAGUGUGAAAGUUUUUCCUUUAACAAGUGUGAUGAACCCCUGUGCUGUACCAACGCAACGCCCAGACGUGGAUGGCGACGAGCGCUGGAUUUGCAUUCAUCGUCGCUUCAUUUCCGAAUGUCGUGAGAAAGAUCCUGACGUCAUAUUUCUAGGGGAUUGUGUGUUAGAAACACUGCAGGAUACCGAGACAUGGAAUCAAUAUUUUGCACCAAUGCAUUGCCUUAACUUUAGUAUACGCGGCGAUCGAACGGAAAAUGUGCUGUGGCGCGUAGAAAAUGGGGAACUGGACAAUGUUAAACCCAAGAUUAUUGUGUUGCAUGUGGGUACAAAUAACAUUGAAAACAGUGCUGAACAGAUAGCAGAAGGCAUUGUUGAAAUAGUACAUAGAAUACGAGCGAAACUACCGGGCACAUAUAUCGUAUUACCAACUUUACUGCCUCGUGGCCAUCUACCGAAUAAGCUGAGAGAGAAAAACGCCGAAGUAAACCGAAUUGUUAAGGAAAAGGUGAUCGGACUGAAUCAGGUGCAAACGGUUUGCAUCGACAAAGGUCUGUUGCAAACAGACAAUACCAUUAGUCAUCAUGAUAUGUUCGAUUAUAAGAACUUGACGAAUAGUGGAGCGAAAAAAGCCUUUGAACCGGUACACGAUUUGCUUUCACAAAUUUUGAAUGAGAACGAACCGGAAAAAGAUCUUACUCCAUCGGAAUAGUUGCUUGUAAAAACGGUGUUCGAACCAUCGAAAGUCGCAAACUGUAGACACCGUCUUCAGCGUUACGGCAACGGCAUCACAAGAAUUGAUUGAAUAGAAAAAAGACUACAAACGCCAGACGAAAAGUUUUCUUGGCAGCUUAAAGCGGCAACUGGUCAUUUUACAAAUGCUCACACACUAACGCUAAUUUAUUUACACAAAAAAAAAAAAAAUAUGUCUCAUUAACUAAAAUAUAUUUUAUAUUAUUUAUUACAUAUAUUAAUUUAAAAUGCAUGGAUUUAUAACGGAACGUGUAUAUGUAAAUUUUCCAAAGAGUAUGAUGGCCUCUGCGCUUGCAUAAAUGAAAAAGAAAAUUCUCAUAUCUACUUUUGAUAGGAAUAUGCUUAGAAAAGAUCUCAAAAUCAAUUGUAGAUGUGAAAAGAAGAAAACAUUCCACAUCACAUACAUGAAUAAAGAAAUAAAAAUAAAAAAUUAGCGCCACCUUACGAAUUAAAAGAAAAAUAAUAAAAAUAA